AUGGCGGAAGUUGUGUUUGACACCUUUUUGUGGUGUUGCAAAAAAUACAUAACGAGCCUCAUUUCUAUCGGUGCAGACAUAGACGAAUGUUCCUCCAAUCCGUGUCUAAAUGGUGGAACUUGUGAGGACGACGUCAACGGCUACACCUGUACUUGUGCUCCUGGUUAUGAUGGAGAUGACUGUGAAACGGACGUAGACGAAUGUGCCUCCAACCCGUGUCAAAAUGGCGGAACUUGCGAAGACAGGGUGAACGGCUACACCUGCACUUGUUCUCCUGGUUAUGAUGGAGAUGAUUGUGAAACGGACAUAGACGAAUGUGGCUCCAAUCCGUGUCAGAAUGGGGGAAUUUGUGAAGACAGAGUGAACGGUUACACCUGUACUUGUGCCGCUGGUUAUGAUGGAGAUGACUGUGAAACGAACGUAGACGAAUGUGCCUCUGCUCCAUGUCAAAAUGGUGGAAAUUGCUUGGACCAAGUCAACGGCUAUACCUGCACUUGUCCAGCUGGCUAUUAUGGAGUUCAUUGUGAAACAGGCAGGGCAGUCUGCAGAGCAUGGGGUGAUCCUCACUACUACCCGUUUGACGGAGGAGCUCACCACUUCCAAGGACCGUGCAGGUACAUCCUAGCUAAGGACUGCGGCAACAGCAGCGACUUUACCGUGGCGGCACAGAACGUACCGAUCUGGCCGGGUGCGGGUAUUUCUGUCGUGCGUGAAGUAUACGUGGAGGCACACGGCUUCGUGGUAGGAAUUCAGCAAGGACGGAUUGUCACUGUCGGUGGAGUGCCACACACUCUUCCCCUCAGCCUGGCAGGUGGUACGGUUGAAGUCAGUCUGAGCGGACGGUUUGUCCGGGUUCUCUUGUCAAACUUCAGCGUAGAAGUCGUCUACGAUGGUUCUCACGAAGUCAAGGUGGUGGUUCCGGCCGACUACUGGGGACGGAUGUGUGGUCUGUGUGGAAACUAUAACGGAGACACGAGUGACGACUACAUGACACCAGACGGAACCAUUGUUGGAGACUGGAACACCUUCGGAAACAGUUGGCUCACCGACUCUGCGACUUGUCCAGGAGGUCAGCAACCACCCCCACCUCCCCCUUGUAACGACGCCGUCCAAGCAGCUGCCGAGUCGGCUGAUAAUUGUGGGCUCCUUAAAAAUCCUGUUGGCCCGUUUGGUGUCUGUAUUGGCACCGUGGAUCCUGAACCUUUCUUCACCAGCUGCGUGUUUGACAUGUGUGCAUGGAACGGAAACACCAUAGGACUUUGUCAGAAUCUGGAGGCGUACGUCGAAGCCUGCCAGACAGCCGGUGUGGUGCCGUUUUCUUGGCGGACAGAAGAGCGAUGUCCCGAAGUCUGCCCACCGAACAGCGUGUUCUCUACAUGCGCUAGCUCCUGUCCUGCGACGUGCGUUAACCCCAACUCAGAAGAGCAAUGCCUACUCGGCUGUGGAGAAGGCUGUAAAUGUAACCCUGGCUUCCUCCUUAGUGGACAAGAGUGUGUUCCUGAAGAGCAGUGUGGCUGCACCGACGAUGAAGGGCGUUACUAUAUGCUUGGAGAACGCUGGAGAGAAGACGGACAGAAUUGUAUUUGCGACGAGGGAAAUGUCAUCACAUGUGCUGGUAUGGCUGUCUUCAGGGCAUGGGGCGAUCCUCACUACUAUCCGUUUGACGGAGGAGCUCACCACUUCCAAGGACCGUGUAGGUACAUCCUAGCUAAGGACUGCGGCAACAGCAGCGACUUUACCGUGACGGCACAGAACGUACCAAUCCCGUCAAACCCGAGUGUUUCAGCCGUGCGGGAAGUAUUCGUGGAGGCGCACGGAUUCGUGGUAGGGAUUCACCAACGGAAGGUUGUCACUGUUGGCGGAGUGCCACACACCCUCCCCUUCAGCCUGGCAGGUGGUACGGUCGAAGUCAGUCUGAGCGGGCGGUUUGUCCAGGUUCUCUUGUCAAUCUUCAGCGUAGAAGUCCGCUUCGAUGGUUCGCAUGAAGUCAAGGUGGUGGUUCCGGCCGAUUACUGGGGACGGAUGUGUGGUCUGGGUGGUAACUAUAACGGCGACACAAGCGACGACUACAUGACACCAGACGGGACCAUUGUUGGAGACUGGAACACCUUCGGGAACAGUUGGCUCACCGACCCUGCAACUUGUCCAGGAGGUCAGCAACCACCCCCGCCUCCCCCUUGUAACGACGCCGUCCAAGCAGCUGCCGAGUCAACUGACAAUUGUGGGCUGCUUACAAAUGCUGCCGGCCCGUUUGGUGUCUGCCACGGUACCGUGGAUCCUGAACGUUUCUUCACCAGCUGCGUGUUUGACAUGUGUGCAUGGAACGGAAACACCAUAGCACUUUGUCAGAAUCUGGAGGCGUACGUCGAAUCCUGCCAGACAGCCGGUGUGGUGCCGUUUUCUUGGCGGACAGAAGAGCGAUGUCCCGAAGUCUGUCCAUCGAACAGUCAGUACUCUACAUGCACCAGCUACUGCCCUGCAACCUGUCCGAGCCCCAAUGCUGAAGAGCAAUGCCUACUCGGCUGUGGAGAAGGCUGUAAAUGUAACCCUGGAUUCGUCCUUAGUGGACAAGAGUGUGUUCCUGAAGAACACUGUGGCUGCACCAACAAUGAAGGACGUUACUACAUGAUUGGCGAAACAUGGGGAGUUGGCUGUGACCGUAUCUGCGAAUGUGUCAGCACCGAGAAUAUAGAGUGCAGGGAGGUCCAGUGUGACGUCAACGCUUGGUGCGGGGUUCAGGGCGGUAGGGAGGGAUGUCACUGUAACUAUGGAUACAACGGCGACGGAACAAGCUGUGAACCUGCAAUGGCAUACUGCAGUGCAUCAGGUGAUCCUCACUACUACCCGUUUGACGGAGGAGCUCACCACUUCCAGGGACCGUGCAGGUACAUCCUAGCUAAGGACUGCGGCAACAGCAGCGACUUUACCGUGACGGCACAGAACGUCCCGCUCAAUCCGAGUGUUUCUGCCGUACGUGAAGUAUACGUGGAGGCGCACGGAUUCGUGGUAGGGAUUCACCAAGGAAAGGUUGUCACUGUUGGCGGAGUGGCAUACUCGCUUCCCUUCAGCCUGGCAGGUGGUGCGAUUGAAGUCAGCCUGAGCGGUUGGUUUGUCCGGGUUUUCCUGUCAAACUUCAGUGUUGAAGUCCGCUACGAUGGUUCUCAUCAUGUAGGGGUUUGGGUUCCUGGCAACUACUGGGGACAGAUGUGUGGUCUGUGCGGUAACUAUAACGGUGACACGACCGACGACUACAUGACACCAGACGGGACCAUUGUUGGAGACUGGAACACCUUCGGAAACAGUUGGCUCACAGACCCUGCGACUUGUCCAGGAGGUCAGCAACCACCACCGCCUCCCCCUUGUAACGACGCCGUCGAAGCAGCUGCGGAGUCUUCUGACAAUUGCGGGCUCCUUAAAAAUCCUGCCGGCCCGUUUGGUGUCUGCCACGGCACCGUGGAUACUGAACGUUUCUUCACCAGCUGCGUGUUUGACAUGUGUGCGUUGAGCGGAGACGCCGUGGGACUGUGUCAGAAUCUGGAGGCGUACGCUGCCGCCUGUCGGGCAGCUGGGUGA